CCUGAAAUAAAGAAAAAAGUUUUUUUUCGUAAAUAAAUUAGAGUGAAAUCUAAACAAAAUGUUUCAAAACUUUUAUUUAGUUUAUUGCAUUUUACAUAUGAUAUGGCUGGCAAGAGGGAACGGAAUUUAUUCUAUUGUGGCUCCGAAAACCUUGCAAUCCAAUCACAAAUAUUCUGUUAGCGUUACUUUACACGAUGCCAAGCAACCGGUUAAAUUCAAUAUAGGUAUUACCGGGCCAUCUUAUAAUCAUUCGGAAGUUGUGACUUUGUCUGCGAUGGAAACCACUCAAAUAGACUUUGUUUUACCUAAAUUAGAUGCAGGUCCAUAUCGCUUAAUUUCCAAAGGAAUUGAAGGGUUAGACUUUGAAAAUGCUACAGAGUUACAUGUCGCACAGAGUACGACAAAUGUUUACAUACAAACGGACAAAGCGAUGUAUAAACCGGGAGAUAUAGUGCAAUACCGCAUUUUAAUUUUGGAUGAAAAUCUUCGACCUACAAAACUGAAGGAACCUUCUUUAAAAGUGACUAUUAAAGACCCAGAAAAUAACCUUGUAAGAGAUACUAAAAAUGUCAAACUCAUUAAAGGCGUUUUUAGUGAUAAACUUCAGCUUACUGAACAGCCCGUUCUGGGUUUAUGGAACAUUGAAGUUAGUUUAAAAGAUCAUGUGAAAAUGACAAAGGAAUUUGAAAUAGCAAAGUAUGUGUUGCCCAAAUUCAGUGUGGAUAUUGAUACAGUUACAGAUUUGGUAAUCACUGAGAACUUUUUAAAGGCAACGGUUCGUGCAAAAUACACUUACGGUAAGCCAGUGAAGGGUAAGGCUACUGUGCGUGUGUCGCCUGUAAACUUGGAGAAAACUAUAGACGUGAAUGGCAAAGGCCAUGUGGAAUUUGAUUUACAAAAAGAAUUAAAAUCGGCGCUUAAAGGAGGAUUCGUAGAAAUUUUCGCUGUGGUUCAAGAAGAACUAACUGAUAAUCGGCAAAAUAAUACGAUUAUCGUAAAUCUUCAUAGUUCCCAAUAUACAAUCAAAGUACCCAAUGCAGUGCGAGAGUUUGAACCCAAUAAACCAUUUGAAGUAAAAGCAGUUAUUAAAUAUAUAAACGGCAAACCAGUUCAAGAUGCCAAAAAUCCAGCACUUCUGCAGUGCUCCCAAGGGUGGGAGGAAAAUAUUAAGUCUGAAAUAUUUAAAGCUAAGUUAGAUGACCACGGUGAAGCCACAUUUCAGGUCAAUCUGCCAGAGCCAAGCGUUUAUCGUUGUGAAAUCGAAUUUGCUGACAAAACUGUUCAACUUCCUCCUAUUUAUCGAAAAAUAGACGAAGAUUCUGUUUGGAUGGCCCGUGAACUAACCCUUUCUUUGGUUAACAAAACUCCUCGCGUAGGCGACGAUGUAUCAAUAUCAGUAAAAGCACCCAAUCCUUUAUCGUAUUUAGUGUACGUAAUUGUAGGACGAGGUAACAUUUUGCAGAUGAGAAACAUAGCCUUGUCUAAUCCGCAGAACUUCUACACAAUAACUUUUAAGAGCACCUUCGAGAUGAUGCCUAACGCGCAUGUAUUUGUUUACUAUGUCGAUAAGGGUGAUCUAAAGUUUCAAGAAAUUGACGUUAAAAUUCAGCCGGAAUUUGAGAAUAAGAUUGAAAUAACUGGUCCCAGUCAAGCGAAGCCUGGCCAAGAAGUUUCUUUGAAUGUUAAAGCCGAUCCGAAUUCAUAUGUUGGAUUAUUGGGGGUGGAUCAAAGUGUCUUAUUAUUAAAGUCUGGCAAUGAUUUGCAUCUGCAUGCUAUACUCAAUGAUUUAAAACCUUACAAAAAUUGGGAAGAGAACGAAUGGCUAAGAAAUACUUACAAAGUUCCUGGGAAAAAAUCUGGUUUGCUGGUAAUGACCAAUUCCCAUUAUCCCUAUCAAGUUUUAUAUAUGAUGGAUUCAGCUCCUCUGUACCUACUACGUGGUCCUGUUGCUCAAACGACUUCUGUCAGUGCGUUUCGAGCACUUCCAUCCGUCCCUUUGCCCGCACCUUUAAUGCGUUCAGCGGAACCGCAAAGGAUUCGAAAAGAUUUUGCUGAAAUUUGGUUGUUCGAUAGUUUGGAUGAUAACAAUAAAACUGGGCUCUUGACAUUGACAAAAACUUUGCCUGAUACAAUAACUUCUUGGGUAAUCAGCGGUUUUGCGGUGAGCGAGAAAACUGGUUUGGGUAUGACCGAGAAACCGUUCAAAAUUAAUGUAUUUCAACCAUUCUUCAUCGAUGUAAAUUUGCCAUAUUCUGUAAAAAGGGGCGAAGUUAUUGCGAUACCAGUUAUUAUUUUCAACUACAUGGAUAAAACAUUGGAUGCAGAAAUCACUAUGGACAAUACCGACAAGGAGUACGAUUUCACCGAAGUGUCCAAUGAAAUUGAAGAAUCCAUUUUGAGCACGCAAAAGAGAAUGAAACGGGUAUCGGUACCUCCGAAUAGCGGAGAAAGCGUAUCCUUUAUGAUACGUCCAGCCGUAGUAGCAGAUAUAGAAUUGAAAAUUAGCGCUGCAUCUCAGUUGGCAGGGGACGCUAUACAUAAAAAACUGAAAGUAGAAGCUGAGGGUGUCACCCAAUACGAAAAUCAAGCCCUUUUCUUAAAUUUGGAGAAACCACAGAAAGCUUCGCUAGAAGUCGAUAUACCCCCGGAGGCUGUUAAAGAUUCUGAAUAUGUGGAAUUCUCUGUUGUUGGUGAUCUCUUGGGUCCUACUGUGAACAGACUUAACGAGCUUGUACGUAAGCCCUACGGUUGUGGUGAGCAGAAUAUGGUUAAUUUCGUGCCCAACAUAUUGGUCUUACAUUACUUGGAGGCCAUGCAGAUUGAUAUGCCAAAUGUAGCGAGCAAAGCUAAAAACUUCUUAGAAAUUGGUUAUCAACGUGAGUUGACCUAUAAACACAGAAGCGGUGCAUAUAGUGCUUUUGGCGAAGAUAGAAGCACGCCGAAUACUUGGUUAACCGCUUAUGUGGCUCGUUCCUUUAUCCAGGCAACUAAAUACACGACCAUUGAUGAAAAAGUUAUCCAACAAGCUUUCGACUUCCUAAUUGCUAACCAGGAGAAAAGCGGCCAAUUUAAGCAAACUGGUCAUCUCUUCAGUCCAACUCAUCAGAAUGACGUUGGAUUCAAUGCUUAUGUGCUGUUGGCCUUCCUAGAAAGUGAAAAAUACGCGGAGCUUUAUCAAAAGCAGAUUGAAAAAUGCCUCGAAUACGUAGUAAGCCAACUGGAGAAUGAAAAGAAUUCUUACGCUCUAUCUAUAGCUGCAGCUGCUUUGCAUAAAGCCAAUCAUACGGCUGCGGAUAGAGUGCUGGAAAAGCUACAGGCAGAAGCCAAGGAAGAAAACGGUUUCAAAUGGUGGACUAGUGCGAACCACAAUGAUAUUGAAAUCACUGCCUAUGCGUUACAAACUUUGGUUGACACGGAACCCAUUAACCAAAUUUUACCAAUUAUCAAGUGGUUAAUCGGUCAACGUAACAGUAAUGGUGGUUUCGACUCUACUCAAAACACUGUAGUAGGUCUUGAGGCACUUAUUAAAUUCUCUAAGAAAUUUUCAAUUACUGGAAACAGCAAAAUGUCGAUAACAUUCAAAGCUUUUGACGAUGGAAAGAAAGAACUUACCCAACAUAGGUUUGAGGUGAACAAAGACAACUCAUUGGUCCUCCAAACGCACGUGUUACCGAAAUCCACGCGUUCAUUAAGUUUGGAAGCUGAAGGUGCUGGUUCAUCGUUAAUUCAACUUUCGUAUCAAUACAACUUGGCAACCAAAGACGAUAGACCUGGAUUCAAACUAGACAUUAAGCCGAAAAUUUUGCCAUCGCAACAGCUGCAGAUUAAUAUUUGCGCAAAUUACCAACCGGCUGUUGACGAUGAAAUCAACGAAUCGAAUAUGGCUGUCAUGGAAGUUGCUCUACCGUCUGGUUAUGUCGCCGACAGUGAGAAGUUGAACGAUAUACUUGCUGCCGACCGUGUUCAACGCGUCGACACCGAAAGCUCUGAUACAAAAGUGAUCGUUUACCUUGAUGGCUUAGUGGAAGAUGAACAAGUAUGUGUUACUAUUGUGGCAGACAAAGCUUUUGCUGUUGCUAAGCAGAAACCAGUUCCCGUCACUCUGUAUGAUUAUUACAAUAGUGCAUACCGUGGAACCGAAUAUUAUCGAAUUGAAUCUUCGUUGUGUGAUAUUUGCGAGGGAGAUGAUUGUGGAACUGCAUGUAAAUGA